CCCCCCCCCCCCCCCAGCCCACGAGAAAAGCGCAUGAAGGCUCGUACAUCAGAAUGUAUGUAUCCACCCGUCGAUAAAUUUAAACACCUAGCUACCAGUGCAUGCCACGCCACACGCCAUGCCAUGCCGCCCCGUCUGUACAAGUAUGCAGCACGCGCUGCAUCCACCCAUCCAUCCAUCCAUCCCUCCAUCCAUCCGUUGAAAGCUACAUAUUCAUUCACCCACUCAUCUGUCUACCUACGCCUCCCCAGCUGACACUGGUUGUGUCUGCCUCUCGCUCGCCUUCUCUACUCGCGGCACCUCCUCCUUGCCGCCGCUGCUGCUGCUGCUACUGCUGGUGGUGGUGGUGUCAGCUGCCAUCGUGGUUGCCUCAGGGGGCACCAGUGCCGCCCCGGCAGCGGCCCGCCCGUUGACAGAGAUGUCCCCCAGUAUCUCAUCGUCCUCUCGCGGCCGCCUGGAUGCCCGCGGCGGCACUGCAUGCGUCUGCGCGUCCUUGAGGAGGUCCUCCCAGCUCAUGUUGAGUAUGUCCGACACGUCCGGUGUGGGCAGCAUGUUCUUGAGCUCCUCUGGUAUGAUGUCGUCGAGCUUGAUGUCAUACUCGAUGGGGUUGCUCUUGAAGUACUGCUUGAGGGACCAGCUGAUGGCCGUGACCAAGACGUUGCUGGCAAUCCAGUAGAUGACCAGGGCACUCGGUACCGACAGGGCGAAGUAGCCGAUGAGGAAGGGAAGGUACUUGAGCAGCUCCUGCACACGUUUCGACUGCUCGUCCUCGGCCGGUGGCGUCAGGAUGGCCUGCGAGAUGUACUGCGAGAUGACAUAGAUGACGGGGACGGUCAGGUAGAGCAGCGUUGCCUCCCAUCCGAGCGGAGGAUUGGAGCCGUCCCAGCCAGUGGUGAGCCAGUUGAGUGCCUGUGCGGGGUCGGCACCGAAUGUGGGGCCCUCGAGGUUGGGGAUCCAGAGGAAGCUCUCGCUGAGCUGGCCGUCCUUGGCGAGAUUGGACAGGCUGCGAUAGAGGCCCAGGAAAAUGGGAAUCUGCACGAAGGCCGGCAGGAUGGAAGCCAGGGGGUUGACCUUGGCCUCCUGGUACAGCUGCGCCGUCAGGAGGGUCUGGAUCUGCUGGUUCUUGCCGAAGCGCUUCUUGAUCUCCUGCACCACCGGGUUGAGGGCCUGGAUCUUCUGCGUGCCCUGCAUCUGGUUCCACGUUAUGGGGAAGACGAAGAUGCGGAUCAGCACGGUGAAGACGAUGAUGGCCCAGCCGAACUGGGGAAUGCCUGCACACAACACGCGACAGGCAGGAGAGUGAGAGGAGACAUCGAGAUAUCCCUGGAGCCGCCGUGCUUGCUUCCCCUAUCCCCUGUGCACUUGCUGACCGAAUUUGUCUUCCAUGACGUGGUGCACUUGAUAGAUCAUAUUCUCCAGGAAGCUCACGUAGUUGUCCCACCAUCCCGGCUCCUUGGCCACCUCCUCAGUGACGGUCUGGACUGCCUGUCCGACGGCCUCCCCUCCCUCCCCGGCAGCCUGGGCCACACCCUGCAGCACCUCCAUGACGGGCCCGAACCCACCGGCUGACACGGGUGGCGACGGGAUGAACGACAGGGCGGCGGGGAGGAGGGCUGACAGGGUGGUGGGAUCCAGCAUGCGCGGAGAGGGGCGAGACCGACGCAAUGGUGGACGAGAGGCCUGCAACGACCGCACAUAAUGGUUUGCCAUCAGGCCUCACGGAUCCUGUCGUGUCCAUUCUACCUGCAGCCUGUUCACGGCGGUGAACGCUGAAGUCCUCGCGAAGCCAGCCUGAAUACACCAGACAGCAUGCACGGUCAUGCUCCUUCCGUGAUCUCUGUGUGCAUGAGGAUGCUCUUGCUCACGGCAUAGUGGUUGAGGCCGAUGCAGAGAGCCAGCGCAGCGGCGAGCCACUGCCUCCGAUGAUACCUCAUCCUCUGAACACUGCUGUUGCGUAGUCAACGCCAGAUCUGCG